CCAUGGAGAUCUGAGUUUUACACGUGAAAGAUUUGCAUUGUGAGUGUUUUCCUGGCUUGUCAGAGCGUCGGUAUUUCGAAAAACGCUAAGCGUUAACUUUUAGGGGGGGGGGCUGUUACCUUAGACUAAAUUAACAGGAAGACAGCCAUGCUAAUUUAGAUUUUCAUAGAAUUCCCAUGGAAUUAAAUACCCAAGACCCUAUAGAACAAGAAACACUACUGAUGAAGUCAUGCAUAUUUUUUUCUGCGUGGCAAUUUUCCUACGGAGAAAAGUUUCAUGUGAUGUUCUACUUCGGAAGGCAAUUUUCUUGGCAUGUCUUAAUCAACCAUUUUAAAUCAAUCGUUUUAUGAACGCUAAAUAAUCGCGUUUCUAGAAUAAAAUUAAAUAAAUAUCGAAAAUCCUUCUCGCCCUUAAUUUUCUCAGUUUUUGGUUUGAUCAAAAUAGCAUAAUUAACCCUAUAUGGAUGGAACCUUUCUCAGAUUGAGAAAGAAGCCAUUGUGCAACUGGAGAGUAGGCGUCGUUGUUGUUCCCAAGUUCUUCUAUAAAAAUUUUUAAGAAAACUGAACAGCUCGUUAGGAUUGAUAUAACUUAAAUAAAUAUCCUUUUGUGUUAGUGCAAAUCUCUUAACUAAAUUCAUCAACGGAAUUAAGGAAUUAAAUGGCAAAAUUUUAUUCUUAAAAUAGUAAAGCCGAAAAGGAUUUUGGAGAUAUUUAUGUGCACUCUAAGCCAAUUUUAUUUGAGCCUCAUAUUAGUCUCAAUUUCUUUGAAAUAGAAAAUAGCAUGCAAAAAAGUUUUUUCAUUAUUUACAAAAAAUGAAUAGAAGACAUAUUUUUUGAUUUUUUCAACGAUUAAAUGCUUAUGUAAAUUAGAUAAUUGAAUGAUUUUAAUCUCAAUGUUUUUCGGGGGGACAUUAACGUUACUUGUCCCCCCGGCACAUUUUCUGGGGGGACAUUGUCCCCCUGUCCCCCCUGUUUCCGCCGCCACUGGAAAUGACGGAAGCCAAUCGUGAACUAGCCGUUCUCCUUCUACGGACCAUGGGAGUUGUCUACACGAACGGCCAAAUUCUGGCUCCAGGCUCACCCUUGCCUCAUCAUCACCCCGUUCCGGCAACAAUUCAGAGCGGCCAAACAUCCUCGACGGAAGCCCCCUUAUUUCUACUGGUGAACAACAUGACGGAAGCCAAUCAUGAAAUAGCCGUUCUCUUCCUACGGACGAUGGGAGAGGUCUGCUCGAAUGGCCAAAUUCUGCCUCAGAUCACGGAUGUGGCCACAAUCCAAUACGUUCGGGAGAGGGUGGACAGCUAUUUGGAACAAUUGCUGGCUGAAUCCGCAGCGGAUGACUGGACCGACGUCGAGGACGACGACGACGACGACGACGACGCCGACGAUCGGGCACCGGUUGAAUCGCAACCGAAUUAAAAGGAAGUCUUGUUUUGAUGAAUUAUUACUUGGUUUGAUUACUUGCUUUAUAAAAAUUAGUCUUGUUUCGUUAUGUAGUUUAUGGUUGUAUUUAUUCUCUAUUUGGUAGUAGAUUAUUAUUGAGAGGUGCUUUCUAAAUUUCAUUGUUAUACCUUUUUCUGAUCCUAAAAAAUAAAGGAAGAUAUUUGCUCACGAAAUUGUUUAGAGUGUAAUCUUUGAUAUCUUAGGCGUGAUGACUUUAUUAAAUAAUUUCCAUCAAAAUACUGCAUGG